AUGGGCGGCCACUAUUUGAGGCUCGCGGUAGGGCGGGCGGAGGCGGACGCGAUGAAUGAACAUCGGCGGAUACGUACUAAGGUAUAUGUGCUGAAUGUGCGCAGAGACAACCGUUUGAAGACCGCGGAGGCGGGGCGCAGAGCGGAUCUCUCGGGGGGCAGCAUGUCGCGCGGCGUCCUAGCACGGUGUGCCGCCGGCAGCGAGUCUGAACGAGCAGCGAGCCUGAUCGCUCCCCGCCGC